GUUACCAACGGCGGGUUCCACGAGUCUCGUGUUCCUCUGUUUCUGCCCUUCCUCCUCUUCUUCUUCAUUCCGACUCUGAAUUUCGAUUCAAUUUCUCUGAAACACACAGAUAAACAGCUACGCGAGUGAAUCGAGGAAGAAGAAGAAGAUCCAUUGGACAAAAUUUGCUCAGAUCUCCACCUUCACGCAUUCCGAUAAUUGGGAUUUCUGUUUUUGAUCCCUUGAAGUAUUCAUUCUAUCUUUUUCUCUCUCUGUCUCUGAUUCUGUGCUCCUCGCAUGGAUGGCUAUUACGUAUUCUCAUCGAUCUCAACGUAGAUUAUUUCUGGAUCUGGAGUGGUUGAUGUUGCUCAUAAUGAUUCUACCUGUUUUUCGUUUCCAUCGAUUUGGAAUCGGACGGACAUGGCAGCCAUGAUUACGCGGGGUAUGCUGGUGUUCUACGGUGGUAUUGGCCUAGGGUUUUGCUCUGGGGUUUUUCUGUGGUUUCUGUUGCCAUGGGCUGUGGAGGAUCCAAGGUAGACGAGCUUCAAUUGGUGAGUCUCUGCAGAGAGAGGAAGGAGUUAAUCAAAGCUGCGUCUCGACAUCGUUAUGCUCUGGCUGCAGCUCAUGUUACGUAUUUUCAGUCUCUCAAAGACAUUGGCGAAGCUAUACACAAAUUUGUCGACGAAGAGAUUGUGAUCUCUGGUGCCGAAUCAUCAUCCUCUCAUGGCUCUCCUGUUCUUACACUGCCAUCCGAUGAAGGGAAAGGGAAGAGGAAGAAACCGACAUCUGGCGAGAAUCACAUAAGCUCGUCUUCAUCGUCCCCGAUUUUACAUUCUCUUUCGAUUUCACAGUCUCCUCAUGAGGACGAGAUUAACGGUCACUUGCAUUUAUCAUCUGGAUCGGAGUCAGAAUCUGAACACAACUCUUCCGGUCAUAUUCAAAUUGAGGAUAGCCCUUUACAUGAUGAAGGUUAUAGCCAUCCUCCUUAUGCUUAUCCGCCAAGGGAUUGGAGCUCUCCGAUGAAUAGCCAUCCUCCUUUUGCUUAUCCGCCAAGGGAUUGGAGCUCUUCGACGAAUACAUACGCCUAUUAUAUGCAGAGGUCAACCACUCCGGCAACGACUGUUAUGUAUAAUGGGCCGGAAACACAUACAGCUUCAGAUGGGCAGUGGCCUGAUCCUUCGCACAACUAUCCACCAUAUCAGCAGUAUGGAAACGGAGGGUUCUAUGGGUUUCCAAUGGGUUCACCACCGGAUUACAGCUUGCAUAAUCAGCAGCCAAGGCGCACUGCUACUUCACCGCCUCCCCCUUCUCCGCCGAAGGUCUCUGCUUGGGAUUUUAUGAAUGUUUUUGAUGACUAUGAUAAUGGUUACCAGGUUUAUAAUUCGGGAAAUAAAUAUGGGUAUGGUUCCAUUCAGAGCAGUCCUGAUUCCAACGAAGUGAGGGAGAGAGAAGGGAUACCUGAGUUGGAAGAUGAAACGGAGCCUGAAGCUCUGAAAGAAAUUAAAGAGAGGAAGAAAUUGAACGUAGAAGCAAUAAAAAAGAAUAUGAAUUCAGGGGAGGGAACUUCAAAGUUUGUACCUCAACAGAGUAGUGAGGACAGCUCAAAAUCAGUGCCAUUGCCAAAUAGCGGUAGCUCAACGGUAAGUAAGGAAAAGGGAAUAAAUAACAGUCCUGAUACAAUUGUGUCGAAAAAAUCGGAACAGGAGGAGUCAGUGGGGAAGAAGGAGGUGAGUUUCGAGAUCGAGGAGACUUCGACAUUAGAUGUUGAAUCUUCCAAGAAAAGUAAUUUAACCGCAUUCACUGCUUUUGGUACAAGGGACCUCCAGGAAGUUGUAAGUGAAAUUAAGGUUGAGUUUGAAGCUGCUUCUAGCUAUGGGAAAGAGGUUGCCAUGUUGCUUGAAGUGGGGAGAUUGCCUUAUCGGUCUAAGAUCGCUGUACUUAAAGUUAUUCUUUCUCGGAUCCAGUACUUGGUGGCCCCUUCCUCAGCAUCUUCUCGGCCGCCAUUGAUUUGGUUGGACCCUAAGACAGUGAAAAUGGCUAAAGCAUACUCUGGGUCUGGCAGUCCUGGCAACGAGCUUGACCUGAAAUCUGGAAGCCUUUCAUCUACGCUGGAGAAGCUUUAUGCAUGGGAGAAGAAACUGUAUAAAGAAGUUAAGGAUGAAGAAAGGUUACGUGUUAUUUAUGAAAAACUGUGCAAGAAGUUGAAAAGGUUAGACGACCAAGGAGCUGAUUCCACUAAAAUUGAUGCUGUGCAUGCCUCUAUUAGAAGAUUAUCAACCAAGAUCGACGUCUGUAUCAAAGCCGCUGAUGCUAUAUCGAGCAGUAUACAUAAGUUACGGGAUGAAGAACUGCAGCCUCAAUUAACUGAGCUGAUUCAUGGGUGGAUAAAAAUGUGGAGAUCCAUUCUCAAAUGCCACCAGAAACAGUUUCAAGCACUCAUGGAGAGUAAGUUUCGGUCAUUAAAAGCUAGAACGGGCUCGAGAAGAGAUGAGAGUUUGAAAGCUACUGUGGAUCUUGAAAUGGAACUUGUCAAUUGGUGCACCAGAUUUAACAAUUGGAUCCACACCCAAAAAGCUUAUGUUGAAUCAUUAAAUGGAUGGCUCUUACGAUGCCUUAACAAGGAGCCUGAAGAAACCGCCGAUGGAGUCGCUCCUUUUUCGCCAGGUCGAAUGGGAGCUCCACCGGUUUUCAUUAUUUGCAAUGAUUGGCACCAAGCUAUGCUUGAAAUCUCAGAAGAUAAAGUGGUUGGUGCCAUUCAUGGUUUUGCUUUGAACUUGCAUGAGUUAUGGGAAAGACAAGAUGAGGAACAACGUCAGAGAAUCAAAGCCAACUUCCUUUACAAGGAUUUUGAAGAACAUCUUAGAUCCUUAAAAAUCGAGAGGGCAACGAUAAAACCCGACCAGGACGAGGCAUCGGGAGGAACUGUACUUUCAAAAGCUCCUACUGAAAGUGGAGUUUCGCCACCAGAGGAUGUGAAAGUUAAUUUGGAUUCAUUGAGGAGGAAGCUAUAUGAUGAGAGAGCAAAACACAAGGAUGCCAUUAAGCUGGUUCACAAUGCUGCUUCAAAUAGCAUACAGGCAGGCUUGGUUCCAAUCUUUGAGGCUUUGGAAAAAUUCAGUUCUGAGGUCACAAAAGCUCAUGAGCAAGUCAGGCUUUAAACCUUUUACAGGCUAAUACCUGAAGUACGAUUUGGCCCGCUACAUCACGUUGUCGCAUUUCAUUCGGCCGGACAGGAUUGUACCACAGCAGGUUGCGUGCACUCGGGGGACUCGCUACGACAUACCGGCGCUCGUAAAUCCUGGUAGAUUCAUGUAAGAAUCCCCUCUCUUUCAUGUACAUAUAUAUAUAUAAGCCAUUGAGAUGACCUGGUGUAUGUAAACUAUUAGUCUAGCUAGCAGAUAGAAGCCAUGGAAAUGGAUUAGACACACUGAGAUAAAAAAGAAUGAAUAAGAUAGCUAGAAGUGAGAUUUUUGGAACAGAAAAUUGGAUGAGGAGAGGGGUCUUCUUAAUCCUAAGGAGAACACAGAUUUUAGUGGUUUGGUCAGUGUUACGGUCCUGCUUGUCCAGAUCGUGUCCAUAAUUGUGUUGCAAGUUCAGAAGGAGUGUAAUUGUGGCGCUUUUCACCUUCAUUUGAGGAACAUAGAUGUUAGAAGUUUGCUUAGUGUUACGGUCAUACUUGUCCAAAGCAUGUUCAUAAUUGUAUUGCAAGUUUAGAACGAGUGCAAUCUUGACACUUAGCACCUUCAUUUGAGGAACAUAGAUUUUAGAGGUUUGCUUAGUGUUGCAGUCAUACUUGUCCACAACGUGUUCAUAAUUGUACUGCAAGUUCAGAACGAGUGCAA